AUGGACAUUUCCUGUUCCUCCAACGGCUCCUCCCGCGGCUCUUACACCUGGUCCCCCACCACCUCCGACUUUCCCACAACACCCACCACUCCCCCUAACGAUUAUCUCCCCAAGGCCGCCUACGCAACCCUCAUAACCUCUCCCUCCUACCUUCCAGGCGCUCUCCUUCUCGCGCACACUCUCCGACUCCACGGUUCGCAAUUUCCACUCAUCCUCCUCUACACCGGUCUACCAGCACACUACAUACCGAUCCUCGAGGUCGAAGCCAAGCACUCCAACAUAAUUCUCCAAGAAACCACUCUUCUGACCAUUAGCCAGAGUUUCGGGGUCGCUCCCCGCUUCGCCCACACAUGGACCAAGCUUCAAGUCUUCUCCCUCUACCGCGACGGCUGGGAACGCAUCUGUUUUCUCGACGCCGACAUAAUGAUCAUGGGAUCCAUGGACGAGCUCCUCCUCAACGUCGUCCUAUCUAUCCCCGGCGUCCAAGGCGAGAAGGGAAAAAGACUAGCCGCAAACCACGUCUGCGUAUGCAACCUCGAAAACGACAAUUGGGCCCCCUCAACCUGGACCCACCAAAACUGCGCCUACACAUCCUCCCCCAGCACCGCCCUCCCCCUCCGCAACGUGCUCCGCACCAACCGCCUUCCCGAAGAGAACGUCCAAUCCGUGCCCGCCUCAGGCACCGGACCCCCCACGCACACGCUGCUCAACAGCGGGCUCUUUGUCUUCGAACCCAGCGUCGAAACCUGGAACGACAUGUGGCGCUUCAUUAGCUCAAACCGAGCCGCCCUCGACACAUACCAAUUCCCCGACCAGGACUUCCUCACCGAAUGGUGGAGAGACCGCUGGAUCAGCGUCGGCUGGAAAUGGAACGCCUUGAAAACAUGGCGCUAUUGGCACCCGGAAAUGUGGCGCGACGAAGACGUGCGCGGCUUGCACUAUAUUGUUGAUAAGCCGUGGACGGCGCGCGUCCCCGCGUCUGGAAUCGCCGGGUACAAGGGAAAUGAUGGGGUGACGCACAGCUGGUGGUGGGAUGCGUUUGCGAAAUGGGAGAAGGAACGUCAGGAAGGGGGCGAAGAUGAAGUUUUGAAAUUGGUGAGGGGUUUGGUGGCAGAGCCUUUGGUUGCGGAGUAA